UCUGAAGGAUGUCGGGGCGAGGCAAAGGCGGGAAGGGCUUGGGGAAAGGAGGCGCCAAGAGGCACAGGAAGGUCCUCCGGGAUAACAUCCAGGGCAUCACGAAGCCCGCCAUUCGCCGACUGGCUCGGCGCGGGGGCGUCAAGCGCAUUUCGGGGCUCAUCUACGAGGAAACGCGAGGCGUCUUGAAGGUCUUCCUGGAAAACGUGAUCCGGGACGCCGUGACUUACACGGAGCACGCGAAGAGGAAGACGGUCACGGCCAUGGACGUGGUCUAUGCCCUGAAGCGCCAAGGCAGGACUCUGUACGGGUUCGGCGGCUAACGUGGAGACAGGAUGGAUGAGAGGAUAAACUGAACUGGCA